CUGGCUCUGUUUUUCCUGUUUACACCACGUUAUAAAAUGUGAGACUGAAGUUGUGUUUUCUGGAAGUGGAGGCGCGGCUCAUUCAACGGCGUGAGGAAUGUGAGCUCCUGCUCCGGCAGUCCUGCGAAAUGGACGAGAUAAGUCCGUUGUUGGGCAGUCCGCCUCAGCAGGACUCAGAGCUUCCGUCUCCGAACCUGAGGCCCAGACACCAGGAGCUGAUCCCGACUCCAUGUGGCCCCAUCAAGUCGUGGUCGGAGCUGUCCUGGCCACUGAAGCUGUACUUCUGCUUCACCGUGGCGUCCCUGCUGGCGCUGCUCGGCCUCACCAUCUUCAGCAUCUACAGGCAGCACAUGGGGAAGGACGUGUUCGACGAGGACAACUUCACCGUGUCGCUCAUCCAGCUGCUCGGAAUAUUGUUCUGCAUCUACUACAUCAGCCGCGGCGUGCUGCAGGAGAACCGGCAGGAGCUGGUGGCGUUCGUGCUCACUGUGCUGGUCGUCAUGAUUCGCUCGCUGGUCAACUUCGCAGUGCAGGGGUCCCAAGGCAGACAGGAGCUGCUGUUGCAGGUCCGUUUCGCGUGCAUCAUGUGCCUGGGCGCCGUGCACGUCUUCUGCACCGUGCUGCUCAUCCGCAUCAGUCCCAACAUGAUGGCGUUCCGCGUUGGCGGAGCCCUGGAGAGCCUGCAGGAGCAGUACUUCCUGCUCAACCUCUGCUUCUCCAUGGUGACCUUUGACCUGCAGGCCCAGCUGUGUCUGUGCAUCCUCAUCACUAUACUGGACUCGGCCAUGUCUGCUGUGAACGGCAUCAUCCUGGGAUGCGGCGUGGUCUGGGCCUGUCUGACCGCCGCGGUCGGAGCCGUCGCAGUUUUGAAGGAAGCCAGGGUGUUGGUCUGGGUCUUCAUGCUGCAGAACAUUCCUCAAGUGGCCUUUUUUAUCUAUCUGAUGUUCAAGGUGAUAAAGAAUUGGAUGAGUGACACGGUGUACACCCUGGAGGCGGCCGCCGUCACCGGAGCUCUCGUUUCUCUGCUCAUCAAGGCGGUUUUGUUCUGGGGCCUCAUCCGACUGGUGCGCAGCUUCGGACAAGGCCUGAGAGAGAGGAUGUUUUCAUCCAGCAAGUGAAGCAGGAAGUUGGACGCGGCGGUGGAGUGACGGACGCGGCGGCUCUCUGACUGCAGCCUCCGAAAGCCGCUGAAGCGUUUCCGCUCGCACGACAGAACAAAACAAUGCUGGUUUUUAAACGGAAAACAUGAGAUUUUUUAUUUUUCUAUGAAAUAUAAGAAAGGUGAUUCCAGAGUGUCUAGAAGAUACUAAUAACAAAUCUGCAUUAAACUAAGCAGCCGGGAUUUAUUUCCGUAAAAGCAAACUCAAGCUUCAGCAGAGCCCAGUUUAUAAGAAGAGGCCAACUUGCACUUUAUGCGUGAAUGUAUUUAGACUCUUUUUUUUUUUUUUUUUUGUUUAACUGUACUUCACAAAAUUUUUUUUUGCCUUUGCUUGUUUCUUUUUUUACAUUGCAACUCAAAUAUCUGGACUUUCUCUGUCUUCAAACUGGCUUCUCCCUGUUUUAUUUAACCUCUGUGAGGAAGACGAGAAGUUACUGAAAGCAGCUGGUGGAUCUCUGUUAUUCAUGUUGGAGAUGUUCAGCGUGAGGAAGUUUCAAACUAAAAAUUCAAGCUUUAAACUGUCGGCCCCUAUUCGAGAUGCACUUUUCUUACAAAUUAAAUGAAACGUAAAAUAUUUCCCAGCUGUCUGAAGUUGAUGUAAAAACUGUAGCAGGAUAAAUAAAUAUGAGAUGAAAUUUGAUGAAUUAAUGUAACUUAUGUAAAAUGUAGACGGGUUGUUCCGUACGUCUUUUGUUUCCAAACAGGAACACAUUGAAUUGUGAUUAUUUUAAUUUAUCUAUGCCACAAAAAUCUUCAAGAUGCCUUACCACUUUUUUACUUUUUUAAACUGAAAAACUUGAGUUGGUACGUAAACAUCCCCUUCUCCAUAUGAUUAUGUUCACUUCGGAAAGUGAGGUCUUUGUGUUUCUGUGUUGUUUAUGAAGACUGACGUGCGUGUUUACAGGGUGUGUGUGCGCGCUCACACACCUUUCUCCUCUGGACUCAGUCGCAUCGCAGCGUCGACGGCUGCAGUGGAAACGUGCGCCGCAGGUUGUUUGUGCACGUUGUAGGUUACAAUGCUGCCAAACAGGCUCUGCUUCUUCUUCUUGACCUUUCAUCAUCAAAAAAUACAGCGUGCGCAAACAAACCUCACCGACACACUCCCGGCGGUCCAGCGGCAUGUCUGCCUGUUUCAGCAGCCGACACGUAACUAGUCCAGAUUUAGGUCACAGCUUUCAAACAUUCCUCGAAGAGCUGAAUCACAUUUUCACUGGUGUUUCUGAUACAUUUCAUAAUCUUGUUCACACCUUUCAUUUGUUCAGGAGUCGCUUUGUGAAUGAAACCACUGUAACACUGGAACAUUGACUUUCUGCUGCACUUUGAUGUUUUUUUAACAGAAGAUUGAAUUUAAUUCUGAAUAAAAUGUUAAAACCUGA